AAGCCGUCUCUCGCAGGCCGACCCACGACCACAUCCACCAUGCCAGGGCUGCUGCUUGGAGACCAGCUUCCUAAUUUCGAGGUGGACACCACUGCUGGGACGAUGAAGCUCCACGAAUAUUUCGGCGAUUCGUGGGGUAUCUUGUUCUCGCAUUCCAGAGAUUACACCCCUGUGUGCACCACGGAGCUGGCUCGAGUCGCCAGGCUGAGCGGCGAGUUCAGCAAACGCGACGUCAAGCUGAUCGCUCUGUCCAUCGACAGCCUGGAGGAUCACCAGGGCUGGAGCAAGGACAUCCUGGCUUACAACUGCGAGAAGUUUGAGGGCCGCGAGUUGCCCUAUCCCAUCAUCGCAGACAGAAAGCGGGAGGUGGCAGUCGCUCUGGGCAUGCUGGACCCCGUGGAGAGGGACAAGGACGGCAUGGCGGUCACCGCCCGCUGCGUUUUUAUCUUUGGGCCUGACAAAAAGCUGAAGCUGUCCCUGCUCUACCCCGACACCACGGGACGCAGCUUCGACGAGGUCCUGCGCGUGGUCGACAGCCUCCAGCUCACAGCUCAGAAACGAGUGGCCACGCCCACCGAGUGGACGCCCGGAGGCUGCGUGAUGGUGCCUCCCAACAUGCCCGAGGAGGAGGCCGCCGCUCUGUUCCCGAUCGGCGUCUUCAGGAAGGAACUGCCGUCUGGGAGGAAGUACCUGCGCUACACUCCGGAUCCACGGGAUGGGAAAGGCCGCGAACCGCCACCGGCCGAACCCGGAUUACCCACAUCUCCGUAACGGGCUUUUCGUGCAAAUCAAUGCGACGAGUACGAAACGUCUCAGCGUAGAAGCAAAGUUGCUCUUGCAUAACUUGUUUGCGAUGAGUUGACACAAGCGAAUAAAGAAACUAAAUGUUGCUUUCGCCUUACACAUUGUUGCGUGUGUUAAAGAGGACAGCGGCACUGAAUCCAGUCUGAACUAAUAAUAAUA